CUCCAUCUUGGGGCAGCUGAUGUUUUGUUUGAGAUAGAACAAAUUACGAAAAUAUCGUAUAUUUAAUCUCAAGAUGGGUUAUUCAGCCGUUCCAAUCGCUGUUUUCACCGUCCUAUGGGGCGUAGUUGGUAUCAUUUGCCCUUUCUUUGCGCCUAAAGGACCUAACAGAGGCAUCAUCCAGGUCGUGUUAAUGUUAACAGCAGCUACGUGCUGGUUGUUCUGGCUGUGCGCGUACAUGGUGCAGAUGAACCCGCUCAUCGGGCCUAGACUCAACAACGAGACCCUCAUUUGGAUAUCCCGCACUUGGGGCAACCCCAUCACCAACUGAAGAGUCGAAUGGUAAGGUCGUCGCGAAGUUAGUUAAUUUGUUAAGAAUUUAAUGUUACUGCCUAAUCUGUAUUCUCUUCCUUGUUCCAUGUUUUUGUUUUUAAAAACAAAAAAAAACUUUUUGAGGUUAUCUAACCCUUCAUAGGCAGACGCUUAAUUAAAGAUGGCGGCAUAUUAAAAAACUGAAAAUGGUUGAUCGCGUGUCAAAAAUAAAAUAUUAUUAAAUGCAACUCAGUUCCGAAUAAUGAAUUCCCGCACAGCUGUGGAUUUAUUACAAGAUAUUCUAAUAACAAAGCCAAGUACCUACGUAUCCAUUUGGCGCCAUUUUCACGCCAACGAUCUUAGUCUUUUGCUUUUAAAAUAGAACAGUAAAAGUGGACAGUAUUUAGCGUACUAUAAUGAAUGAAUUUUGCUCGAAAAAGAACUUAAUUAUCCGAUUGUAAGAAUAAGUGUUCGAAAUAUGUAUCAUUCCAAUCUUGUGUAAAAGAAUCGUUAACUAUCGCAAAGUAUUUUAUCAGUGCGAAUUGUAUAAAGUAAUAUAUGUAGAUAAAAUAUUUAUUUCAAUAAAAUCAUGUGAGUUCA